UGUUUUGAAACAUUUUUCAAAAUUGAACACUUGUCAACUUCAUACUUCACAUCACAACUAUUUUAGAAGUUAGGUUAGUAAGUUUAUCGGGUUGUCUUACAUAAUGAUGUCACAAUUUGUUCAGUAUAUUCAAUUUGCAAAUUAUGUUAUUUCUAUAUUGUAAAAUAUUUGUGAUAAGAUGGGCAUGUUCAGAACGUGUUUCGUACUUGGCCGAAAUUGGGUUUUAAACAGUGCAUUUUCUGAAAUGAAACUUGAUAAUACUAUGCCCAAACGGUUACUUUACACCCAAGGCCAGUAUGUGGACAAGAAAACCAGGGAAUAUUUUUAUUUCAUUGAUCAUCAAGGAAUGCUGUUCUUGGAUGACGCUAAAAUAAAAAACUUCACAUCUUGUUUCAAAGACAAUAAGUUCCUCGCAUUUUUCUUUAAGCGUCUGAAAAUGAAUGAAACUGGCCGCUAUACUGAAGAGUUCCCAUACAUUUCACCGUGCGGCCGAGAAAUCAACUUCAUCAGGUGUGAUGACCGCCCUGUAGUCUUCACUCAUCUUCUGAAUCAGAACUCUAAGGAGACUUUCUGCUACGCAAAUGUCAACGAAAUGUUUGUCGAUUUUCAGCCAGAUCAUAUUUUUAUGGACCCCGAAAACGGUAGAGUUUAUCACCCAGGUCCAGAAAAGGUUGGAGGCAUUGGUCUCGUCUGCUCUAAACUUGCGAUUGCAUUUAGCAAAGACUUUGAAUUUAUGAACAGCCAAGAAAGUCCGCCGACUCAUUUCACAUUUCAAGAAACUAGAUACGAACUGAAUCAGAACUGGUUUAAGGAAAAAUUGGAAAGUAGGCCUACAGUGUAAUGUUAGUGUAGUAGGGUUAAUCAUUUAAAAAUAUGUGAUGAGGUCAUUAGUAGGCCUAGCCUUAUUAAAAAAAUUGUGAUUAUUUAUGGUAUAUAUUUUAUGUAAUUUGUUAUAUAUUUUUUAAUAAAGGUAAUUAUAUUUUUACAGUA